AUGCCCUCUAAUAACCUGACUGAGUUUAUUCUUCUUGGGCUUCCAUGCAGUCCCAGAAUACAAACAUGUAUAUUUGCUGUGUUUCAAUGUGUUUACAUUCUGUCGCUCUUUGGUAACAUAAUUAUUAUAGCCACUACCUGCACAUCCCACCAGCUCCAAACACCAAUGUAUUUUUUACUCACAAGUUUGGCCUUCUUGGAUAUCUUUUUUAUUUCUUCUACUGUCCCCAAACUUCUAAGUAUUCUGGUGGGUGGAAAUCAGGUUAUAUCUCUGCCUGGCUGCCUUUUACAGUUAUAUGUAUAUAUUUCUCUGGGUGGCACCGAGUUCUUCCUGCUGGCUGCAAUGUCUCUUGAUCGCUACCUUGCCAUCUGCCAACCUUUAAGGUACAGCGCCAUCAUGAGCAAUGACAACUGCUGGAGACUCAUUGUUGGCUCAUGGGCAUUUGGGUUCUUAGACAGCAUCCCGUUUAUUUUUCUCAUAUCUCAUUUACAGUUUUGCAGCAGACCUUUAGUCAUCAACCACUUUUUCUGUGAUGCCCCUGCUCUAUUUCUUUUGUCCUGCUCAGACACAAGGGUAGCUCAGAAUGUACUUUUUGGUUUUGCUACUCCUACUAUUCUAACCUCGUUCAUUGUUACUGUAUCCUCUUACUUUUUCAUACUCUUAUCUAUCUAUCGCAUUUCAUCAGCACAUGGCAGAAGAAAAAUGUUCUCAACUUGCUCCUCACACUUUGUAGUGGUUUCCAUUGUUUACGGCAGCUGUAUUUUUCUCUAUAUCAGGCCUGAUGAGUCUGGGUCUUCCAGCACAGUGAAGGCUGUGUCUAUAUUUAAUAGUAUUUUCCUUCCAUUUCUUAAUCCAUACAUUUAUACUUUGAGAAAUGAAAUCAUAAAGAACAUUCUAAAGAGGUUGUGGAGGACCAAUGUACGUCUCUGUGUCAAAGACUAG